GGUUCUUACAUGCAUUUAUACUGAAUACAUCAAAAAUGCUAUCAAUAAUUUCUAAGAAAAUCAUCAAACCUUUCACUCCCAUACCAUCCACUCAAAUAUGGCACAAACUUUCCCUAUUAGAUCAAGGCCUCGCACACUUAUAUAUACCCCUUGUCUUUUUCUACCCCAAAAACCAAGUAAAUUCCAUCCCAAAUGGACCUAAACAACUAUCAAAUCUUCUAACAAACUCGUUGUCAAAAGCUUUAACUUAUUACUAUCCAUGGGCUGGACGUCUAAAAGACAAUGCCACUAUAGAGUGUGAUGAUAAUGGAGCUGAGUUCUUGGAAGUCCAAAUCAAUUCUCCAAUGGACAAAGUUGUUAAUCACCCUGAUUCAAAUGUCAAAGAUUUGACAUUUCCUAAAGGUGUACCUUGGGGAAAUGGCGUGGAUCGUGCCUCAACUAUAGCUCAAUUAAGUCAUUUUGAUUGCGGAGGAAUAGCACUUAGUGUCUGCCUGUCACAUAAAAUAGGAGACGGAAGCAGUGCCCAUUGUUUCUUGAGGGAUUGGGCUUCAUUAACUCGAAGUUCAAAUAGUACAAUUAGACCAUCUCCUUAUUUCGUGGAGGACUCCAUUCUACCAUCACAAAUUGGCAAUGGUCUAUUGGUUUCACCUGUUCUAGGGUCAGACGCGGAUAAAUGUGUCCAAAAAAGGUUUGUUUUUUCUAGUACAAAGCUAAGUGCACUAAAAUCCUCAAUUGUCGUGCAAAAUGUAACGAGCAGCGAGGCUGUGAGUGCACUUCUCUACAAAUGUGCUGCAUUUUCUGCCAUGGCAGUAAAUUCAGGUUCGUUCAAGCGAUCUCAAUUGAUCCAGAUAUCAGAUUUACGAGAAAUGAUUUCACCCCAGCUACCACCAAACUCCAUCGGAAAUCUCCUUACAGUAUUCUCCUCACCGAUAUACGAUAACAGGGAAGAACUCAACUUAUCAAAAUUAGUAGCCGAUAUAAAGAAGUCGAAAAACAACCUCUCCACAAGAAAUAAUGUUGAAGAAAAUGAGUUGGCUAUAGAUAUGCUAGAUGCAUACAGAUCAGGGGAGUCGAUAUUCGAUAGAAGGAAAUGUGAUGUGUACUUUUCGAGUAGCUUAUGUAAGUUCCCAUUAAUACAAGAUUUAGAUUUUGGAUUUGGGAAGCCUAUUAGAGCAAGCUUGGCAAAGGGUCCAUUUAACAAGGCAAUGUUGUUGUUGAGGACAUGUGAUGGAGGAAUUGAAGCAGUUGUUAACUUGAAUGAAGAAGAAAUGUGUGUGUUCGAGCAUGACAAGCAAUUUCUUGAAUUUGCUACUCCUAUUGGUCAUGGCAUUUACAAUGAAGAAGAACAGCAGUACGCAUGAUGAUGAAUUAUGGGACAUAUAUAAGAAUUCACCUUUCCUUGCAUGCAGAUAGAUCUCUUAUGAAUUUCCAUUUCCUUGUCUUGUUUAUUUCACCUGGACUAAUAUAGGAUAUUGUGGGACUGGUUUUCCCUCCCAUUGUAUUGCUGAUGUGGCUUCUAAGUUUUUCUUACUGCAAAAUAAUGGUUUGACGUAAUUUCACUGUACACUCUAUUUGGACGGUUGUUACGUAUUGUUUCAUAAUAUAUUGUAUUGUAUUGUGUUUUAUCA